AGCAGCCAUCUCAUCAGGAGGACGUGGACGUCACUGUCACCAUAGAGACAGCAAGGAGGAUUCGGUUUCAAAAGGUGAAGAGAAGCUGGGAAGUAGGAAGGAGGAAGUAUUUUUUGCUGCAGGUCUGAGAAAGGGCAGGCUGGCAUGGAGAAGGAGAAGUUCCAGCAGAAGGCUCUGAAGCAAACUAAGCAGAAGAAAUCCAAGUCGGCUGAAUUUCUGAUGGUAAAAGAAGAGAGAGCAGCAACAGAAGGCAUUGAAAAUCCAGCUUUUAACAUCAGCAGCACAGAUCUUUCAGCAUGUCAGCCUUCAGAAGAGAAAGUUAUUAGACAUGACAAGCCAGAUAGCACCCUUGCAGCUCACCAACAAAAACUCGGGCUGCAAGCCCAUGCUGAACCAAGAGAUCCUGUGAAAUUUGAUGAGCAAAUCCUUUACUCUAAACUGAUGAAGCUUCUAGAUGAAGAAAACAAGAUGCUGGACUUUCAAGCCCGUGUCGUCAGUGAAGAUUUUCCGGACGCUGUAAUGCCUGUCAGCUCCAGUAAGGCAUGUGACCUUCACAGGGAGCUUGAAGACGAAGAGAUUCCUUCAUAUAUCGAACAGUUUGAGAGAGAUGUUCAGGAUGACAUAAUUCUGCUUGGCAGCUUUUCACUGGAACAGCAUAAGAGAUCUUCUCAGCACAAGAAACAAAAGUGGAGAGCCAGGAUUCAUGAACUUUUUCAAAGAGUGGGAAGUCAGCUGAAAACAGAGCAGAGUGGAAUUGAAGAAGAAUUGGUAGCCAGCAUUGGUAACCUUACAGAUGUGAAUACUGGAUUAAAUGGAGCUGCAGGACCUUGUGGGAAGGUUGACUUCUCCAAGAUGCCACAGCCACUAGAAAUUCGCCUCAGAUGCCUGAGGGGAGUCAAAGAUAAGGUCCCUAAAGGCCUCUACACUCUCAAAGUUUCAGUCCUCAGCCGCUUAGGUGGUGCCUUGGUGGAGUGGCCUGAAGAGGAGGAGCAGCCUCAGGCCAGGACGACGCGGCCUGUUAGUCACGGUGGAAACUUCUACAACACUGAAAUCUACUUUGGACAAAGUAUCCAGACAGUUCUACCACGUAGAAAAGAUGUUAAACCAGGCAUGGUACUCCUCUUUGAACUCUUCCUUCUUCGUGGAACCUAUACCUGGAUUGAUCGAGAAGUGGGAUGGGGAGCUUUUCCCUUAUGUGAUAACAAUUUUAAUGCUUUGGAGGGAAAAUUUAAAUGUCCCUUCCUAAGAGGACAUUAUGACUCCAAAAUUGACAGAUUCAAUAAAAUUGAAAAUUUUAUUUCUCAGGACUUGGAUCAUUGGUUAUGCAAUCUCUACUUUCAGAUUAUUAAACUACCACAGGAUUCAGAUAAGCAAAAUAAGCGUGGUAUGCAUGUUCAUCUGCCACCUGAACUUCUUAUGUAUUCAAGCACUGCUGAAAAGAAUGAUGUCUCAGAAAAGGUUGUACAGUCUGGACCACAAGGGCAACCUCUGACCUCCCCGAAAGAUCCUGACACCCAUAAGGGAAGUAUUCCCACUGUUGUAAAGGAAGUGGAAAAGCAGUUUAAUGCUGCGAAAGGAGGAGAAGAGUGUGUGUCAGAAGAAGCUGUGAGGAAAAGAGAAGAGCUUAAAAUGCUUCCAGCAGAGGAUUGCCAAGAUUGCCAUGGCAAUGCAGAUGGGCACUGUGGCUCAUUUUGGCUGAAGGAAGUCCAAGAAGGACAUCACAAGGUCAGCAGGAAUAACCCACCUGACCAAUGUAACGAAGAAAAAUCAGGUCCCGAGAUCAAUGCAAGCCAAGAAGAAGGGAAAACAUCUUCAGAGAGCAAUUUUUAUUUGGAAGACUUGGAGAAAUAUACCUUUUCUGUGUGCUGCCACUCUGCUGCUGCUGAUGUGAAACUGUCCAGGCAGGUUGUGGAGCAUUUCCAUUUUGUGGUGUACACGGCCCUUUCAGAGCUGGGAGCCACACGCUGGCACUCCAGGGACUUCUGGCUGCUUGCGCUGCUGGUAGUUUUGCUUUGGUUCCUGAGACUUUACCUGCAUUAUUUGAGCCAGUGGCUCUUCCUUUGGACCAUCUCAGUUCCUGUUGCAAAAUUCCAGCUCUUCCCUCACACUGUGGAACUGUGCUACCAGAACUCCUUGCUGCACACCAGUGAAGAGUUGGCCAUGGUUGUGGUGGGACCCCUAACCUUGAACGCAGGGCUUCUUCUCAUGAUCCUGAUCAGAUGGGGCUGUCAGCAGCUGUUUGACUCAUUCCCUUCCUUCUUGUCAAAGUUUAUCAUAGCUAUGGGACUAUGGACAGUGCUAGACCCCUUGGCAGUGUUUGUAGUGGAUUCAUUCCUGGGGCGAUUUGGGAACAGUGUAGAGAAACCCAUUGCUGAUGCUGCAAAGCUCUCCUGGGUGUUUCUAAGAGCAGGGGAGUCAGGAGUUCCUGGUGCCUUAAUCACAGUGACGCUUUAUACCAUCCUGUUCAUGAUCUCAUCAACAGUGUUGUACCUGUAUUUUUUAAGGCUACAUAGCGAAGGUUGGCUGUUGGAUGUAUUUCAACGUAUUCAUGGUGAGGAAGGCACAUUCUUUGUUCCACUGGACUUGGAGAUUUCCAGUCAAGAGCUGAGCUACAUUAUGAAGAGGGCUGAGCAGUGGAGAGGAAUCAAUGGUGAAAGACGGAUGGUGGCAGUGUCUGAUUACAUCUGGAAGGACCACGCCAGCCAGCCUGGUGUCUCCAGCUGUGACCUCCAGCGCCAGGAUGAAAUCCCUCACUCUGCAGCCAGCUGGGAAGGUAGCACCACUGUUCUCAUCUGUGUCUACACGGUUCACCUCAGCGGCUUCCAGGAGCUCUAUAGGCGCUUCCUCAGGCUGCCUGAUGGGGCUAUCAUUGAGGCAUUUGGUGAUGUUGGUGAGGAAAAUCUUUUGUGUAAAGUGAGCACAGACCAGGAUCCUAAAAGGGAAAAGGACAGUGUGCUGAGUACAUCUACACUUACCAAGCUGAGGGAGAGGAAAAAGAGUACAGCAAGGUGGAAAGGAAAUCGCAUUGUCUCUGACAAGAGCUAGUUCCUGCAGUAACACAUGGCCUGUGGAGCUGUUUACAUCGUGAUCCACAUCCAUAGUAUGGCUACUGUCUGAUAGGAUUUACGUUUCUCAUGGCUGCAUCUCUGCCCAUGCAGUGUUGUCCUGUGAAUGCUGCCUUCGUAGCUCUUCUGUGGCUU